UAAUGCCCGGUGUGUUGUGGGUAGAAAGGAACUAAGUGAAAGAAUGGAGAGCAAGUUGAUAACCCAUCUUUGGGCUUGGUGAAAGAAGGGAGAGAGAGAGCUGUAUUCCAGUUUUAAUAGUUUUAGUGCAGCUAUGAUUUACAAGAUUUCUGGAGACAGCUGUACGAUCCUAUGCAUGAGAACGUGCAGUCAGGUGGUGAAGCUUGUGCAAAUCUCUUAACGGAGGACAAAGAUUACUGGAAGGAAAGGAAAGCUAAAGUGAAUUCAGACGUGAGCAUUAACGCCAUGGAAGGCAUACAGGACUUAUUUGAACAACCGCUGAAGAAAGCACGCACUGAGCCGCAUGAAUCCAAAGAACAUACUCAAAGCAUAGAGUCCAGUGCUCCGAAAGCUGAAGCUUCAAAUCUCAACUUGAACCUAACCGUCCCAGGAGUAGUUAAAGCUGAAGUAGUAGAUGGUGAAGAGGGUACACAUAUGCCUGCCAGUGUUUCUAACUGCUUAGUGGGAUCAGCAAACUGUACUACAUACAAAUCAAGGCCUCCCGACUUUACCUCACAAGUACUUUCUAACAAGCCAUAUGCACAUAUCCUUUCUUCGCCAGUAGUGCACGCAGUUGGAGCAUAUCCUGGAGAUGCUCCUUAUCCAGGAUUACAGCAGUCUGCACCACACACUUCAUAUCCUCAGAUGGGCCAAAACUACAGACUACCUCCUUUUGGUACAAGUUUUUCUACUUGUGGAAUUUACUCUGUGUCAACAAAUACAAUCACAAAUACAACAGUUACCAAUAUUUCUCACCAGGAUUACCAGCUGUAUGCUACCCAUGGUCAGAAUCAAAGUGCACAGUGUUACCCACCAUCCAGUUUUGUGACCACAGCUUCACCAGCCACAAGCACAGCCAACAGUAUACCUGCCACAGUUGCUUUGCAGUCUGGAAAAGACAACUUGGAGUACAAUCAGCAAGAGCUCAGACUGUCCUCUGAAAGCCAAUCCGGUCCAGUUAAAGAUCUUGAAGAACAAAAGAGGAAAUCAACUAGUGGAAAACCUAGGGGGAAAAUCAGAAAAUCAGACCCAUCACCCGAGCCUGGAAUUCAGUUAGAACGAGUCUUUUUAUGGGAUUUGGAUGAAACUAUCAUCAUCUUUCAUUCCUUACUCACAGGGACGUAUGCAAGAAAAUACGGUAAGGAUCCUACAACUGCAUUAAAUUUGGGAUUGCAGAUGGAGGAAAUGAUCUUUGAACUGGCUGAUACACAUUUGUUUUUCAAUGACCUUGAGGAAUGUGAUCAGGUACAUAUAGAAGAUGUUGCUUCUGAUGAUGAUGGACAAGACCUGAGCAACUACAGCUUUGCAUCAGAUGGUUUUAGUGGCUCUAGGAGUGGAUCUGGUGUGGGAACAGGAGUCGUUCAUGGAGGUCUUGACUGGAUGAGGAAAUUAGCAUUCCGUUACAGAAGAGUUAGAGAGAUUUAUAACGACUACAAAAACAGCAUAGGAGGUCUCCUGAGUCCACUGAAGAGGGAUGCUCUCCAGCGUUUAAGAAUGGAUAUUGAGACCUUAACUGACUCAUGGUUGGGGAUUGCUUUGAAAUCACUACUGAUCAUCCAAUCCAGAAGAAAUUGUGUAAAUGUGCUUGUUACAACAACCCAGCUUGUGCCAGCUGUUGCCAAGGUACUGCUUUAUGGACUAGCAGAAGUUUUUCCCAUUGAAAACAUCUACAGUGCCACAAAAAUAGGUAAAGAGAGCUGUUUUGAACGAAUUGUAACACGGUUUGGAAAAAAGGUUACCUAUGUAGUUAUUGGAGAUGGCCAAGAUGAAGAAUCUGCAGCUAAACAGCAUAAGAUACCGUUUUGGAGAAUUGCAAACCAUGGAGACCUUGAAUCUCUGCACCAAGCUUUGGAGCUUGACUUCUUAUGAGCACACUUUGGCUAAAACCUAUUCAGGCUAUCCACUUUCAUUGAUGGUGUAGCUCAUUAAUAAAUAACAAUGAAUUCCAGAUACUGGACCAAUAUUGAUGGUCGUAUGUUUAAUGGUGGCAGCAUACAUGGACAUGUUUUCACAGAUUUAUCUCCUACUUCAGAUGGAUGAAUUGAACAUCUAGUUCAGAUGGAUGAACUGAAAGCAGACAGCUAAACUGUUAAGCCUGAGUAGUGAGCUGCUGUUAUAUUGCUGUGCACAAGCUUUAACUGGCACACACGAGUGUAUUGUACAUUGGUACUAGGGCUGACAGGACAGCCUUUAAAAAUUUCUUAAGAUGACAAAUAUUCUGUACUUUCAAACACAAAUUAUAUCCAGUAGAGGUCCAGCAUCAUGCACUCUAAAGGACAUUGCCAAUCAUGAAACAAAUCUUUGAAGAUUUUAACAGUCAGCCACUCAUUUUAGAACUUUUAUUGCCUUAAAAAAUGGUUCCCAGUAUACAGGUUUGUAAUAUCAGAAUUGGCAUGUAAAUGUUAAAUUGUCUUUGUUAUCCAACAUAUAUCUGUGUUACUCGGAGCAUUAUUUCAAAGCAUGACAUUUUGAGCAUUAUUUUCCAAGUAUGUCAUCUGCUGGACACAGCAGUCAGUGACACUGUAUAUGGUUGUCAUCAUAGUUCAUUAAAGUCGUCCACAAAUGAAUGUAUUAAUUCACUUUGGUCGUGGGAAUAGGACCGUGAGGAGCAUAAAAAGCAUUGGCAACUGCAAUAUGUAUUUAUAUUUUUUGUAUUUAUUUUUGUACCGUUAAAAGCAGAUUUCAGAGUUCAUUUGUCAUUUUAAAUUUCUACAGUGUUAGGAAAGGGGUUACUCUUAUUGAAUGAUGUAUAUUCUAAAGGGAACUGCUGUACUGCAGACUGUAGUGUAAAAAAAGUUGCGAUUGGGAGUCUUGUGUUUUAAACAACUCUGACAUUCCAGGGGGCUGUGAUAUAUUUCUGUAUCUAAUGCCAAAGACGUAGGUGUUUUCUGUCAAUUUUCUUUUUGUGAUUCCUCGAGAUUGUUAGUAAAUAUUUAUUAGGACCAUUUGAUGUCAUAAUUCUAAAACACAUUGUAUGCACCAGACAUAUAAAGAUGAUAAAUACAACCACAACAGUUUUUACUUGUACUUUUUUUUACUCUCUUCUUCUGGUCUUCUUUCAUUAGAUUUCUCUUCCUUUCCCAUAGUACCUUUGUGAAGGAUCCUACAGAAUUAUUUUUCUCAUUCGGGUUCUACUAAUGUGGGUAGGUUUUCUUCUUUAGUUUCAUGGGCCUUUACAGAAGCUAACCAAAACACAGCACCCUUUCCAGGUAAGGCGUGAUAGCAUUACUCAUUCCGUUAUGUACAGAUAGGAACAUAGUGUUGGAGUCUGAGAAAGAAUAUUGUUGCAUCUUAAUUCUCAGCAUUCACAUACUGAGUUGGAUCUUUGGCACAAGGAAAGAAUUCUGCCCCCUUUCAUGAUGGACAUUUAGCAGUACUUUGACAAGCUGCUGCUAACCUUUUACAGUUUCUAUUUUUUGUAUUCUUUAAAGAAUGUAACAUACCUGCCCUUAGAUGACUUUUUUUGUCCUGUUUGUACAUCAUAAAUUCUUAGUACCAAGCCAUCAGGCCUGAGUUCCAUAAAGUUUUAUUUCCAUCUUUUAGGAUAUCCAUUUUGCUUGAUAUUGUCUGUAGAUUUUAUUUGAAUAAAUAUGCCCCUUUUUCUGUGGUUUAAUAAAAGUCGUACAUUUAACAUUGAA